AAGUCAAAAGGGAAUGGAAGUAGAAGGUUUUUACCUGGGUUGGUACUUGCGUAGGUCGUGGUAGUGGCUUAGUAGCCUACUCCGUAAGUAGGAUUAUCGAAUCAAAUCAGAAUAGAACUCUGCCUAGACCGAAAGUCGUGAAGGAGAGUUGUCGGGGGAAGAUGCAAGAUAAGAUGGCAAGGUACGGAAGCGGUAAGAGUAAAGUUGGUAGGAAAGGAAGAGGAAGAAUGGUAGAUGGGUUCGUCGAGUCAAGGGACGAGGGGUUUGGGAAGGACGAGGACGACGAGGGUGACGACGGUGACGAUGAAGACCAUAAUAAUAAUGAGAAGAAAGAGGGAAGAAGAUAUGGAGGCAAUGAGAAUCAGGAAAUCCGUCUAACUAGAGGAUGAGAGGAUCCCGACCAGACCACGUCCCUUUUGCCCCCCUAGUCCCGAUA